UUGUUUAUCUUCAUCUGUUUACAUCGUUAACUGUAACGUUCGAGAAACCGGACAAAUGUAAUAUUGUAUCGGCAAAAUGGCCUCGCCUCGAAAAUUAGCUACUACGUUGUGCAACAUAUCGCCACAUGCAUUAAAAAUUGUGGAAAGAAGACAAUUCCUAAGUCCAAAAACACCAGGAAAAACUUGUCAACAAAUCGUUGAAAAUAACAAUCGAUUGUCCCCUUUCAAUCUUGAUACACCUAACAGAAGAAAAAUACUGGAAGAUGGACUUCCAAGUAAACGUGGUACCGUCCUUGGCAGUGGUGCGUUCGGCACUGUUUAUAAAGCUUCCUAUAAAGGUGAUCAGGUAGCAGCCAAAGUAAUGCAAACUGGCAAGUGUACAGAUGCAUUGAAUUCUGAGAAGCACGCUUCGCUCUUAAAACAUUCUAACAUAGUAAAGGUUCUGAUGAUAGAACAAGGAGCUUCCCUAUCUUUGAUAACGAUGGAAUUAUGUGGUACUACUUUACAAGAUCGUUUAGACGAGGAUAAGUUGACUAAAAUUGAAAGGGUUUCCAUACUAAAGGAUAUGAUGUACGCUCUGCAAUUUUGUCACAACGCCGGUAUCGUGCAUGCAGAUGUGAAACCGAAGAAUAUUCUAAUGUCUAGAGAUAAUCAGCCAAAGCUCACCGAUUUUGGUAGCUCUGUAUCGAUGAGAAACUCGAACGAAUCCUUUGAUUCUCAUGGUACUCCUGGUUAUACAGCACCAGAAGUAUUGAAAGGAUGCAAGCCAACACCUGCAGCGGACAUCUAUUCUCUUGGUAUCGUAGCCUGGCAAAUGUUAUCUAGAAAAAUACCAUUUGCCGGCUUACAUAGUCAUACAGUGAUUUAUCUAUCGGCAAAGGGUAACCGUCCAGAAGACGUCAAGCUAAAUGACGAAUUCAAAGGCGCUUAUAAAAGUUUGUACAGAAAGAUGUGGUCGCAAGACGUUAAGGAUAGACCUAUCACCAUCGAUAUUGUUAAAGAAAUUGAUGCGAUGAUGUAGCACAGUGAUAUUUAUUCUGCUUGGUAAUAUUAAAUAUAAGAUACCUUAAAUCUCUUAUUAUACAGACGAUUAACUUAACGUUUACAUUUUUAUUAUACAAAAUAGAACGUGGGAAUAUAGCUUUACGUAUCAGGCAUUUCUCCACCAGGUACAAGCUGCAACACAAAUGUGAAUUGUGAAUGUAAGAAUUGUAAUUGUAAUUUCAUCGAAGAAAUCCUUAUCUCUACAAAUUAUUUGCUAACCAUCGUGAUAUGGCUACCGUUGAGCAAAAUCUGAUCGAGCUUUGUCACUCUUCGUCCUUCUGGGGUUGCUUCGCUUUCCGUCACGUCCUCGAGCAGCAUAUUUACGAAGUCGUCGAAGCCCAACAAAGUGCCGACGAUUUCCUUAUCAUUUUUCAUAAUAAUAUGUAUCCGAGAACCGAUACACUUGUCAACUAACUCUACGAAUAAACAAAGUAGAAUAAUGUAACAUUCGAAUUAGGUAAGGUUAGAAACUUAUCGGCGAAACGUAAUCGCUUACCUAGAGGCAAUAAAGUCGAUGGAUUUGUACUAACAGAACUCGCCAUAGUCGCAAGGUAAUAUCAAUAUAGGAAAUAAUGGAAAAUAAAAAUUACAGCACGAUGA